AGAUCAACGCGUUUUUCUUCUCGGGUUUAGCAGUUUUUGUUACCCGUUGUUGAAUCCAGGCUAUCUACAGCUCAAGGUUCCUGUCGAAAUGAAUGAAAACCGAUGAUUUUCAAAAGUUAACAGCACUGCAGAAAACAAGACUUGGACUCAAUAUCAAAUAACUAGCUUGUGUUGUGUGAGGUAGCUUUCCAAGCCUGGCAAGCGUAUGCUACAUGGGAUCGGGACCCGGCCCCGACUCUCGGGGGAAGAUCAUCGUCAGCUGCCCGCUAUUCCAUUCUCCGCCGCUCCGUACGUACCUGUACGUACGUACGUACGUUCCUCUGUCACUGACCUCUAGCUGUGUGCGGAUGCUGCAUGCAGAGUCUGAACUUGAAUUUUGUGCCCGAGCUGACGCUUGAAGUUUACAGCUAGUCUUAAGCCUUCACUUGUAUUGACUUGAGACAAUGCAAUUUGAGUAUUGAGAGGUAUUGUUGCCCAUGUCAUCGCCAUUUUUCCAGAAAACAACAUUUCUGUCAAGUGAGAAGGACAUCUUACACCAUGGAUGGAUUUUGCCUUCUCUAUCUACUCCUGAUCUGCUUGAUGAGAUCUGGUGACGUUGAAACCAAUCCAGGUCCUAACACUGCAGAAAGUACUGUCAGUGAAAUGGAGUUCCUGAAGCUGGCCCAGGCUAUCACUCCAUCUUACUACAACGCUGUAGGGAUAUCUCUAGGUUUCUCCUAUGCUCAACUACAGGCAAUCCUGGUUGAGAAUCCGAAGAGCUUCACCAAUGCGUUACUGGAUGUGUUUAUGAAAUGGAAUGUCAAGCAGCAACCUCCACACUCAGACAAACGACAGCUUUUGGCAGACAAACUACGAGAGGUUGACUUGGGUGGCCUAUCAGAUGGAUUAGUCAAUGGACCUACAAUUCCAAACAUCACAGGAGGGCCACCAAGACUGCUCGAAUCACAGACCAAACCUCCUUCAGCUGAAUCUCAGACCAAACCACUUUCUCCUGAACUGGUUGAGCGGUGUGCAAAGGAUUUCAAAUUCAAGUACAGGUCAACUGUCUGUAAGAUCAGAGCUGAUCCUCUCAGUCCUACUUCCAUUGUGCAGUUUGAAGACUUGCAUACUAACCUCGUCUUACUAGAAGAACAUGGAACAGAGAAGCGAUUGCUAGAUUACAAUAUCCUUAAUCUCAAAGUUAAUGGAGAGUUCCCCAAGCGGAUCAUGGUUCAGGGAGAGGCAGGGGCUGGAAAAACUACUCUCUGUGCUAAGAUUGCCUGGGACUGGAUUGAAGGAAGGCAUUCCAGUCACUUUGUGUGGGUCUUGAUUGUUCCUUUACGUGAAUUUAAGCAACACACUAUAGGCCAGAUUGCAAAGACUUAUCUGGCCAAAGACAAUCCAGCAACGGUUUCUCAGAUUACUGAGUAUAUCCAGUCAAAUCCUGACAAGGUAUUCAUCGCAUUCGAUGGGCUAGACGAAGUCAGUGUCAAAAUCAUGAAGACAGAAUCUUGCGAAUCACAGCCUACUGAUCAAAUGCAACUUCAGCCAUCUCAGCCAUGCGUCACCUCCUCAGAGGCAUGUGGAAGCUCAUCUGAGACUGGUGAUAUUGGGCUUGUAGAUAUUCUUUGUUCAGAUCAACUUGCCUCUUGUUCAGUCUUGGUGACCACUCGCCCUUGGAGAGCAGUAGAAAUUAGAUCAGAUGGUGAUCUAACGAAGCUCUACACAUUCAUUCAUGUUGAGGGUUUCGACAGGGAGAAUUUAUCAGUUUACAUUCACAAAUACUUUCCAAAGAAUAAAGAUAAAGCAAAUCAGCUUAUCCAGUUCAUCAGUGAGAAUGAUGUCAUAUCCGAAGACAUGGCCCCCUAUCCUAUAUAUGUAGCUAUGUUGUGUCUUAUGUGGAAAGAGCUUGACGAGCAAAAACUAAAGAAAUUGAAAUCACUGAAAACUUUUUCUCAAAUAUUCAAAACAAUGAUUGCCUUUCUAAAAGAACAUUAUGCUCAGAAAAAGGUGAAGAAUGUAGGCAGCCCCUCACUUCUUGCCUAUUUGGUAAAAAUUGAUGAGCUCCUUGGACCGAUUGCCAAACAGGCUCUUGCUGGUCUGCUAGAAAAUACAUUGGUUUUCGGUGAAGAUGAUUUCAAAAUAUGUCCAGAAUCCAAGGACACUGCCUGUCGGGUCGGGAUCUUGUCUCAGGAGGACAGAAUUACCGCCGUUAUGGAUACACAUGAGAGGCAUUCUCAUGUGCAAUUGCCAGUCUUCUUCCCUCACAAACUGUUUCAGGAGUACAUGGCUGGAGUCCAUCUUGCUUCCCUCUAUGAAUCAGAUCGUAUUGAAGAUCGUAAUGAAUGCAACAGGCUGAUUGAGCAAGUGGUGCUGCCAAGGAAGGAGGAGUUUAGGUAUCUCCUGUACUUCACUGUGGCACAGAACAAAAGUAUUGCAACCCAUGUAAUGAAUUCUAUGCUAAAGGGAAUGUACAUGAAGAGAGAUUUCAUUGUUGAUGUAGCAUUUGAGAGUCUGGAUCCAGAUGUAGCAGCCUUGGUGAAGGACAGGGGUUCGUCAGAGGAGACUGUGCUGAACAUUGUGGAAACAUUCAAGACAGCACACACUGUAGCUGGGUAUGCAUUCAUUUGUCCACAUGUGGUUGAACUAACGUUGAUUAAGAGAGAGUGUGGACCUUCUAUGUCACUUGAUGUGGCAGAGAUGAUAUGCUCCAUUCCAUCCUUGGAGAAAGUUUUUCUUGGAGGUGCAUUACAUCAUUGUUUUUUUGCAACACUUGCAAGGAAAGGAAAAGAAUCAAAGGUCAAGACCCUCAAGCUUGAAGUCAAGUGUCCCACACCAGCCUCAUCACAUCACCUAGCAAAAGCACUUUGUUCUAUGCCAAACCUGACUGACCUGAAACUUGAAAUGGAUCUCAAUGAGGAGUUCUUCUCUACAUUGAAAGCAAACGCAUCAUUCAUACAGGUCAAGACUCUCAUGCUUUUUGGUGUGAGGAUUCCAACACCAGCCUUGUAUCAUCACGUAGCAGAAGCGCUGUGUUCUAUGCCAAACCUGACUGACCUGAGACUUGAAGUGUAUCUCUGUGAGGAGUUCUGCUCUUCAUUGAAAGCAAAUGCAUCAUCCAUACAAGGUUGUUUUCCUCAGAUAAGAAAGGGAAACUUCAGGUUAAAUGGAGUUGCUCAAGAUGACUUGAACUCAUUUAUUCACACCCUCUCAAGCUUGUGUAACACGGAUGACUUGAGUAUCUCGGACGGCUCAAAUGACUCGGAUGACUUGAGUAUCUCGGACGGCUCAAAUGACUCGGAUGGCUUGGCUGACUUGGCCAACAUCAGUGUUACCACUGAUGUACACUCUCCAAGAAGGACAUUACCACCAUCAGAACAUCCUCAAAAGCAACCCAUGGGGGAUGUACACUCUUCAAGAAGGACAAUACCACCAUCAGACCACCCUCAACACCAACCCAUCGGGGAUACCACACUCAACACCAACCCAUGGGUGAUGUACACUCUUCAAGAAGGACAAUACCACCAUCAGACCACCCUCAACAGCAUGUUGGCAAUACAUCACAUUCUGUAUGUCAAUUCUCUCAGACACACAGAGAAGGUGGCAGUAGUCAGAGCAGGCUUUACAAGAGGCAAGCUCCUUCUACUCAGUCGAGAGUUUCACAGGAUGGUCUUGAAAUUCCAGAGAAGCAAUCAAAAGUAUGAAGUCUAA